UUAUCAGAGCCUGACUUUAGUGUACGUGUACAGGUUGCUAGGCAACACUGGAGCCUACCAGAGGUGGUCAUCGUUCAGGUCAAGCUAACACCGAUUGAGUGCGAAUUUUCUUCGUCAGCGUUAAUUGUGUACAACAACAACGAAGCAGGAAAAUGCCGUUUAGUGCCGAAGCAAUGAAACCUCCGCUGCAUGACCAAAUAACGGAGAUGCAGCGAAAAAUCCAACUUCUGGAGGGCGACAGAACUGCAUACUAUGAGAGUUCUCAGUCCACCAUCAAGAAGAACAGAGAUACCAUCCGCCAGCUGAGGCAGGAGAACAAGAGGCUGUGCAGAAAGCUGGCAGAAGUUAAUUCUGGUGAUAAAAAUAUCAUCAAAGCGGCCUUUCAUAACAGAGGGUUGGAGAAGGAUGCCUACCGCAACAUGUCAGGGAAGGCAGCCCUAUUGACGCUUGACCAGAGGGUGCUGUCCAAGAUGAAGCGUCUCAAUGCCCUUAAACACACCACCCAGACCCACCAGCGUCGCCUCGAAGAGCUGAAGAUGAGAUAUCAGAGAAUGAAACCAGAGAGUAGAAGCGGAGCACCGUCUGCCGAUGCUCGUGCUCAGAAACAAGAGGAAGAUGCCAUGAAGCUGCGGGCGCUGGAGAACAGUCUGGAGAAGACCCAUUUUAAGUGCAAAGAAGCUGAGAACAUCAUGAUUAACUAUCAGAAACUCAAAAGUCACCUGCAGGAGGAGAGUCUGACUUUCCAUGGCCAGUUGGACAGUCUGGAGGCAGAAAUCCUGAAGCACAGAGAGGAGCUUCACAACAUGCAGGUCAUGAACAACAACGCCCAGCUCUCUAAAGAAGCUGCUAAGGUUGAAUUACAGCAGCAGGAGGAAUUGCUCUACAAGGAGCGCAAGGAGAGAGAGCAUAUUAUAGCAAGCUAUAGGAGAAAAGUUGAUGAGCGCAAGGCCCAGGCUGAAAAAGUUGAAAGAAGGGCUCAGAGAACUAUGCAGCCAGACGAGCUGAGCAGUGAGGCCCAGCGCAGCACCCCCAGGAUGGGAGGGGAAGAGGAGAAGGCCAUCUCCUCCUUUGAGGAGGCCUUCCAACGCAUCAAGGAGGCCACCGGAGUCACAGAUAUACAGGAGAUAGUGGAGCGCUUCAUCACACAGAAGGAGACCCACCAACAUCUGGAGCAGCUGAGGGAAGAGAAUGAGAAGGUGCUGCAGCAGCUGAAGGAGCAGAAGGAGCUUCUGAACCAACAGUUCCAGGAUAUGAAAUAUUCUGGAGAGGCCAAACUCUCCAGUGACAGACAGAUGCUGGAAGAGUGUGAGCAGCAAUUGCACGCUCAACAGCAGAAGUGUGAUGCAAGUAAAGAGCGCCUGGAGUGGCUCGUUAAAGCCCUCGGAACUGUCCGAGCCGGAGUGGAGCAUCUCGCAGACAAACUUCAACACAUCACACUGAGUGAGGACACAGUGGCUGAUGUGUCUCCAGACUCAGAUGAAUUUGUGGUGGAACUGUUGACCCAGUGUGAGCUGAAGUUGCAGUUACUGCAGGAGGAGCUUCACGGAAAGGAUUUGGCUGCUAUAAUGAAGGAGAUGGAGGAAGAGGAGUUCUAUGUCAGGAUUGAGGGGAAACUGCCAGCUUACAACAUCCGCGUCAAGCUGCCUGACGACCAAAGACUGGACAUCUUCAAUGACGAGGACGACAGUGAAGAGGACGAGGCUGAUGUCAUCUCACGUGAGGCACUGAAGCGCCAGUCUCUGAUGAUCAUCGACUCCAAUAGCAAGAAGAAGCCCUGGAAGAAGAAGAAGGGCAAAUUCUGAAACAACACCACAGUCCCAAGACUCAAGAAAAUGAAGAACCAUCCUAGAUGUUUGUUUCUUUAAAGCUGGUAACUCGUAGAAGUGGAUGUGUUUUGACAACAGUAAUGUUCCCAGUAAGGUGUCAAUGUUGCAUCAACAAUUGUUUCUCUGCCUAUUUCAUUUUAACUUUUUCAGAAUUCCACCCUCUUUCUCAUGGGAAGCCAAUUGAAAUUGCUUUCAACUUUUAA